AUGGGGAAGCAAGAUUUGUUCAGAAAUCUACCAUCCGAAAUAACCACCAACAUCCUCUCACGGCUCCCCAUCCGAAGCAUUUCAAUCAGCAAAUGCGUCUGCAAAGCAUGGUUCGAUCUCUUAGAUUCGGACUAUUUCGAUUUCGUCAAAUCCAAAAUCAAAACCCCACUCACCAUUGUUCGAACGGAGGCGGUCUGGGAUCCGGAGACGGUGCUCUCAGUUCAGUGCGACAUUUGGGAAUUUGAAGACGAAGAGGAAGCGGAUGCUCUUCGCUUCCAUCCCCUCACACAUAUUCGAAUCCCUUACAGUGCACGGUCAUCUUGGGUUCAGCAAACUAAUGAAUCUUUUAGCUUCUUCUCUGCUCCCAAUGCACAUGGACAUGCUGGAGAUGAAGGUCCUAGGCACAUGAGAUUGAGUGUUUUGGGGGGCUGCCUUUGUUUGUCUUACACUCUAGGCGAGAGCAAAUAUUUCGACAUCUGGUCGAUGAAGGAAUACCAAGUCGAGGAAUCUUGGACCAAGCACCAGAUUAGGAUUGAUACUGAUUAUGAGUUUGAAAUUGAACAUAUGCUUGUUACUCCGAUCAAAGUUUACAAAAACAGUGAUGUUUUGAUGUUUCUGGAUGACUCAUGCCUCGUGUACUACUCCAAUAAGAUGAGAACUACUCAACAAGUCGGUAUGUUUGACCUUUACAAUACCACCAUUUUUACUCCUAACCUUUUCUCACUCAAGAAUUUUGGAGGCGAGAAUGUGAUCUCGCUUCAAACGAGUAUGCAACCACAAGCAAAAGUUGAGCAGAUUGCGGAUGAGAUAGAGCAGCCUGCCCCUGCCUGA